UUCGUACCGGUGUGAUUUCUUAGGUACUCAAAGAUUUGAGUGAAAUCUUAGCAAGUUAUGUUUUUUAAAAUUUAUGUAUCAUUAUUUUGCUUUUGAUUUGUUUUUUAGUCAUUAGAUUACAUUUUUGGAUUGAUAUAAUAUUGAAAGAAGUAUAAUUGUAAUUACUUUUUUAUAUUUGAUUUAAAAAAUGAUUGAUGAAGCUAGUGAAGAUGUUAAAUCAUUGGAUACAUGGAUGAUUAGACCAUGUGAUAUAUAUAAUAGUGAAUAUAAAGAAUGUACUUCUAUUAUGUCAAGAUUACAUCAGCUAUUUAUAUUUGGAAAUACUAUUGAUUGCAGUCAAUGGCAUAAAGAUUAUCAAGAUUGUUAUAAAUGGAAAUCAAAAAAAGAUAUUAAAGCAGCGGAAUCUCUUGUUCAAAGUGAAAAAAAUAGAAGAAAUAAUAGAUGGAAAACAUUUUAUGCCAAUGAUAUUUGGGAAACUAGAACUAGUCCUCCUGAGAAUUGGAAUGAUCCGUUACCAGAUUAUAUAGCAAAUAGAAAUUCUACAUUAAAAAAUGAUGCAUCUAAGAUAAAUCAACAAUCGAUAAACGAAAAAUUUUGUGUGAUAAUGUAAAUAAUUUAUGA